UUUGAUUACAAUUCCAGUUCAUUGAUAAUGAGCGAACAGGCAUUUACUGAUUCGGAACACCGUGGUCGCGAUGCUAGUCCUGCCAGCUCGCGAUCACGAUCCCCACGUCCAAGAAGUCGCUCUCCUGCACGCCCAAGCAGCAGUGACAAUACCAACGACGAAUCAGUCAACCCAGGAAACAACCUCUUUGUAAACAGCCUCGCCGCCAAGACUGAAGCCAGUGAUCUCGAAGAUUUGUUCGGCAAAUACGGCAAGGUUGAGAAAGUUCAAAUAAUGUAUGAUCCUCACACACGUGAAUCUCGCGGCUUCGCCUUUGUAACGAUGGUCCGAACUGAAGAUGCUGAGGCUGCCAUGCAGGUGCUAAAUGGAUUUGAGCUUCAUGGCCGUACUAUGGCUGUCAAAAUGGCGAAACGUGGCCGCGCUAGAACCCCCACACCCGGCCAGUACCGUGGGCCUCCAAAGCGAGAGAGGGCUAUAGGUAGUAUGCCUUACUACCCUUAUGAUCGUCGCAUGGGAGACCGAUUUGAUCCUCGCUAUGACCCCCGAGGACCAGACCCAAGGGAUUAUAGAGGUGGACCCAUACGUGGAGAUUAUGGUCGUCCCGCUCCCUAUGACAGAUGGAUGGGGGGUGCAAGACCAAGGUAUGAUGACCGUCCACCGCGUGACUAUCGCCCACCUUACGGAAUGGACAGAGGAUACGAUGAUAGAUCCUCCAUGUACGACCGUGGAUAUGAGCGCCGUCCUCGCUACGAUGAGAGAUAUGAUCGAUACUAAACAUGCAAGCAUUGAAGGCGCAGAGCUUCAACUUUCGCCGUUGUUUGUGUAAUACUCAGAUGGAAGAUAAAAACCAAGACCAAU